CUUGAAUAGUGUGAAAAGUAAAUCAUCCAAAAAGCAUUCAAAUUAAGUAUAUGCUUUUAUGAGAUACAAAUAAUUUUGCCAUAAACUGAUGGUUUUUGGACUUGAAUGUUAUACAGUAUGCUACUACCAAUAUUACACAGCUGGACAUCAUAUGUACUAUAAUACAAUACUGGCUUAAUGAUGUCUGCCCAACAAAAGGAUUCGACCUGUAAUUUGAAUUCCUAUCCCCCAACAGGGCUGGCCCCUUAGACACUUUUAGGACUGGUAACACCAUUCUCACCAGGUAACACUAAGCCGGUCCUGCCAUUCACACUCCCUAUGAUACAGCUGAGUAAUACUCAUUUUAACAUUGUAUACAGUGAAAUCCAUAUACGACUGAUGACGCAAUGUGUACGAGAGAGAAGCGUGCAGCACGUGUGUUAGAAAGAAAUAGAAGGACCUCGUUGCCUAGCAACACGAGUGACGAGGCCUCGGACCAAGCUGUGGCUUGCCGCGUUGCCAUCGGCGCACUCUAACAUACAUAUUGCACGCUUCUCGCGCUUGUCUCUCGUACACAUUAUGACGUCAACCAAAUUUGAACCAACCGUGUGUAUGUUUGUUGUUCUGGAUUAUAUAUUUUUCCAGGAAACUAGUAAACACUCAUGAUAUACCAGUAUAUCGCAAAAAUGAAGGUUCUUAUUAUUUUUGAAUUAUAAUCACAGUAAACUGAGGUUAUAAUGACAAAUGAUAGCUUUGUCAGCUUCAAAUGUGCUUCAAUAAUCAUAACAUAUUGCUAUAUCCUAGUGUGACUCAUAUUUUGACUUGAUUUAAUAUUUUCAGGCGUAUACCCAUAAAAGCAAAAUAUGUUGAUUAUGUUAUUGGAAGGCUUAGAUCAGAUGACAUCUACGGACAGAUUUCAGUAUAUCCCUCCCCAAAACAUAGAUGUACUGCUCUUGCAAAUCAAGGAGCAAUGCUCUACAUUUGCCUUUACUUCUCACCAAACAUCUUGCAUUCACAACCUGCUAUUAUGAGAGAGAUUGUUGAUAAAUUUUUCCCUGAUAACUGGGUCAUUUCACUCUACAUGGGUUACACCGUAAAUUUAAUCGAAAUGUGGGAUGCUUUUCGGGGUGCUAAAACGGCACUCAAGAACACUAUGGAACAUGCAAAUGUUAAGAAAGUUACUGAGAUUUAUGGAAGCAACGUUAAAGAGUUACUAAAAAUGACCAACCUUUUGUUGAAAGAAGGCUGUAUUACCAAGGAUAACUUGCUGAAGAACAUCAACAACAUUACCAACACAUUGAGAGAAUGCAAUGUUACUGUUAGGUGGUUAAUGUUACAUACCCUGUUGAAACCCGGGUUGACAGAUAAAACCAAGAGGCUCAAGCAACUGCGUGAACAGGUUAUAACUGAGUCUAAGUGUGAACCAGGUAACUUAUUCAAGUUACUAUUGAACACUGCUCAGUUGGAGUUACUGGUGAAGGAUCUUUACAAAGAGCUACUGACAGAUAAAGAAAUACAAUGGGAUGAACUUAAGAGUGAAAGUUACAAAAGUUUAACAGAGUUGUCUGAGGUAUUUGGUGGGUCUAAGCCGUUGAGUAGAAUUCAGAAAAAUACUAAACUUCAAAAGUGGUUUCUGGAAAUUGCAAAACAAGUUGAAAGUUUGAUACAGAAUGAUACAAGCUCUUCAAGAAAACUUGUACAGUUGAUUCAAGCUCUAGAGGAAGUCCAGGCGUUUCACCAACUUGAUUCAAAUAUGCAAGUAGUGCAGUUUUUGGUUGAAACACGGAAAUCAUUGGAUCACAUGAUCAGGAAUAUAGACAUUAAGGAAGAUGUGCUUAUCAAUCUGCAAAUUAUCGGCGACAUUAGCUAUGCAUGGGAACUUAUCGAUGCAUACACGCUUAUAAUGCAGUCAGGUAUCAAAAAAGAACCUACACUCGUGAUCAAACUAAGAGCAGUGUUUUUGAAAUUAUCAUCAGCUCUGGAAAUCCCUUUACUUCGUAUCAAUCAGGCACAUAGUGAAGAUUUAGUAUCUGUGUCUCGGUACUACAGCAAAGAGCUCGAGAUCUACGUGCGGAAGGUUCUGCAGAUUAUACCGAACAUGAUGUUCAGCAAAUUUUCUAGAAUAAUCGAAAUGCAAACGUCAGUGCUGAAGGAGUUACCUACUAGAGUGGACAAGGAUAAGAUCAAGACCUAUGCUCAGUUAGAUGAAAGAUUUGAGUUUGCGGAAUUGACAAAUUCUAUUUCUGUUUUUAGUAAAGGUAUGAGAAUGAUGAAAAAUACGUUGGUUGGUGUUGUGUGUUUGGAUCCUAAACAAAUGCUAGAAGAUGGUAUUCGAAUUGAGUUGGUCCAGCAUAUUGCUAAAACCCUGCAUAAUAUUUUAACGUUUGGUUCCAAACCUAAACAAGACGAUUUAGAACAAAAACUGAACCAACUAGUGCAAAUAAUGAAUGGAUAUAAAAGAUCCCUCGAGUACAUUCAGGAUUACAUAAACUUAAAUGGUCUAAAAAUAUGGCAAGAAGAGGUAACUCGGAUUAUAAAUUACAACGUAGAGUGGGAAUGCAACGAAUUUUUGAGGAACAAAAUACAUCAAUGGCAAAGUGUGUACCAGAACCGAUAUGUUCCAAUACCUAUUUUUCCACCUACUGAUAGUAGCGUCAACUUUAUUGGUCGACUGGCGAGAGAAAUUAUAAGACUGACAGAUUCCAGAAACUCGAUUUACCUAGAUCAAACGCUCACCUGGUACGACGUGAAGACUCAUAAAAUUAUAUUGAACAAAGAGACUAUAUCAGCGGUAUCCUCUGGUAUAGAAAUUGCUGGACUAGUAGGUCUUGACAAGUUGUUUUCAUUUAUGAUAAUAUCUGCUCUCCGAAAAAUUUUGGGAUAUUUGGAUAACAAAAAUGACAAGCAGCAAACUUGGAUAAAUGUCAUGUCAGCUAUCCACAAUGAAUUCAAGCAAAUGGGUGAUAUUCAAAAUCCAAGCAAGACAUACCAAACGUAUAUAAAUAGGUGUACAAAAAUUUGGGCUGAAUUUCUUGAAAGUGUUCUCCUAGUUGGUCAACUUCAGCUACUGAGGCUAUUGAUAGCAUUUUAUCUUAAUAAAACUUGUAAGUUCAAUGCAAAGACUUUGGAAUCGUCACUUUCCUCAUUGAACAAAGCGUUGCUAAUGGAUAUGAGAAACAAAAAUUACGAACCUAGUGAAGAACUAUUAUCAGUGUUAUCUGGUUUUUUCGAUUAUACUGGUUUAAACAACCAUCCUGAUAAAGUAUAUAUUUCUGCAAAAAGUAAACCAGAUUAUGCUAUAACAAUGUUUAUCUUUGUUAUAGCACACUAUUCCAGAUUGUUUUUCCCACAGAACGCAGAAAGUGUACAAAAAAGAAUUCAUGAUCAAAUAGAUGGAAUUACAUUUGUAUUGGGAGUACAUACUACUAUUAAUCAAUUCAGUCGCGGCGUUAACCAAGAAUUUGUGAAAUAUAUUUGCAACUAUUCUUUACAGUUAACUACGCAAAAUAGCAGCGCAAAAACAGUGGAUAUGCCCCCUGAAGUAGCGCAUACAUUGAAGUUCAUGCACUUUUAUACCAACUAUUCUAAAGAUUCCCAAGAAUUCUAUGCGGAAUCACUUCCAAAAGAAAUUAUGUAUUUGCAGCAGACUCUGUGUACAUCACAUUGACGUCUGUUAAAUUUUGUAUCGGAGGAUUUCCGAUGAUUAGGUAUUAAUUUUAUGGUUAAGCUUCAGUUGACACGUAUUGCAUAGAUCGUUAUGUUUAAUUGUUCCAUAUAUCAAUAUUUUUAUACAAUUUAUUAUGUCGAAAGCUUUAAUAUACGAUUAUUAUUAGCAA